GCAUGCGCAAAUGUACACAAAAGCCUGUCAUCCACUUCAGUGACUUCUGGAAAGACUUUGGUAAGGACUAAUACUAAGGACUCUAUUGGAAAGCGACAUGGCAGACAGCGGCAAGGACUACAUAACCAACAGCUCUGAUCCUAAGAAUAUCCAGGAUUUAACUCAGUUUGUACAAAACCUUCUACAACAAAUGCAGGAUAAAUUCCAGGGAAUGUCAGACCAGAUCAUCAAUAGAAUCGAUGAAAUGGGCAACAGGAUCGAUGAUUUGGAGAAAAACAUCGCUGACCUGAUGACGCAGGCGGGUGUCGAGGACCGAGCGUAAUCCCAGCAUUCCAUCAUUACUUCCUGUGUGGUUUAGCGUGUGUGCCUUAGGGAUCAGUAUACAUUUUUGCACCUAUCAAGGAAACAUCUUGCCGUUUGGUUGAAAAAGAAAUCUCAUGAAUGCAAUAUGGGUCUAACUCUAAACUGUGACAUUAUACAUUGUCAUAAUUUGGCUUAGUGUGUUGGCAUAAUUUUUAGUACUGUAAAAGUUGCAAUGGAAAGGAUGUUUGUAUAAGUUUUAAUCAAAGAGAACAAAUUCAUCCUGUUUGUUAUUUUCUCUUACAAUUGUGAUAAGUGUAAUAUUAUUUAUUGACUGUAUUCUGUUUUUAUUGGUGUCAAUUAAUUUCACAAAUAAAUUAUAGUUUUAUACACAA